CCUCGGUUCAUUCAAUUUCGGUUUCCAUUCAUUCCGCUUCGUUUUCAUUUUUCAUUCAUUUUUCGUACCGAACGGACAUGCAAAGCGAGGUGCUCCGAAAGAACUGUUGAUUUGAACGGUGGCCUACGGUACUUUUUACUCAUUAUACUGAUUCGUUAUUGAGAAGUGCUAUUAAUGAAGGAAAGUCUUAUAGUUUAAUACAAUGCAAGAUUCCUCGUCCGUAAAACUGCAAACUUUACCAAAAUAUUGUGAAAUAUCUUUGUGCACCUAGAUCAUCACGCAUUUUUGCAACGCAUGGAAAUGCAUGUAAUGAGUUUUGAUUACGUAUCGCUCACUAUAGACUAUUGUUGUUCAAGUAAGCCCAGAAAGUGUGCAAUUCAGUGCUAAAUUCGACCGUAGGUGCUCGCAACAACUCGAUUGUGUCCCAUGUGUUUGGUAAUCUAAUCUGUGAGAAAUUGUUUAUGUGCUUGCACAUGUAUUGGCGUGUGUUUGAAUUUAUCGUGUUCACAGCAACAAUUAAGUUGGAUCCGCGUGGGAUCAGGUUGUUGUUAUAAUUGUCGUGGUUUUGUAAAAACGGAGGAAAAAAUCAGCUACCAAAAUCAGUCUGCUGCUACUAAGAUCGGCAAAUAUUUAAUGUGAGGAAAAUUGAGGUUUCGUACCCACGCCUAUUUUUCCAUCAUAUCGAAACUUUCGUAGUGAAAUGGUAUGUUAAACGAGAAGAUUCAUUUUGUGCGUGAUUCGCGGUUCCGUAGUUCAACAGUUUUGAUCUUGUUCGAGAUCGAGUAGGUACACCGUUGAAAAAAGCAAAUUAAACAGUGUCAAUGGAGGAAGCUAGUUUUUUGUUGACGGAAAUUCCAGGCGGUUUCAUAUCGCAUCGACCACAUACGAUAACCGGUGGGCAUCAUCACCGGUAUGCACCCUAUUCUGUUGUGUUACAUCAGCCACAUUUGCAACAGACGGCCGCUUCGCCGACAAUAUACACCAUCCCAUCACAUCAUUUUUCGCACCGUGCCCAUCCGCAUCUCCCACAUCCCGGACACCAUGCUGCUCAUCAUCAUCAUAAUCUCCAUGGGACGAUUCAUUCUACAAAUCGCCCCAAGAGCCCGAACACUCCUCCUCCGCAACCCGUAGAGGAAGAAGGCACCCAUAUUGGACAUCUUUACCCAGAAAUACUUGCUAUGAUUUUUGCCAAGCUAAACGUCAAGGAUCGUGGCCGUGCCGCCCAAGUGUGCACCGUCUGGCGUGAUGCUGCGUACGCGAAAAGCUGUUGGCGAGGCGUCGAAGCCAGUUUGCACCUACGACGGCCUUCUCCGACACUAUUUGGGUCGUUGGUGAAACGAGGUAUCAAACGGGUUCAGGUGUUAUCGGUGCGACGUGCCCUGAAAGACAUCGUAACCGGCGUGCCGAACUUGGAGUCACUGAAUCUAAGCGGCUGUUACAAUAUCACAGAUAUGGCUAUCGGGCAUGCGUUUGCUGCCGACUUUCCUAACCUAAAGGUACUGAAUCUGUCGCUCUGCAAGCAGGUGACAGAUUCCAGCCUUGGACGCAUUACACAGCACUUGAAAAAUAUCGAGGUUCUAGAGCUCGGAGGAUGCAGUAACAUCACCAACACGGGUCUACUUCUCAUUUCGUGGGGUCUGAAGAAGUUGCGCCGACUUAAUCUUCGGUCAUGCUGGCACAUCUCGGACCACGGUAUCGGACAUCUUGCAGGGCUCAGUAAGGAAACGGCUGAUGGAACACCGGCACUCGAAUACUUAGGGCUGCAGGACUGUCAGCGCCUUUCCGAUGAAGCGCUGCGACACAUCGCCCAAGGGCUCACUUCACUGCGAUCGAUUAACCUUAGCUUCUGUGUUUCCGUCACGGACAGCGGGUUGAAGCAUUUGGCGCGCAUGUCGCGUCUGGAAGAGCUAAAUCUGCGCGCCUGUGAUAACAUAUCGGACAUCGGUAUGGCGUACCUGACGGAAGGCUGCAACUCGAUCUCAACAUUAGACGUUAGCUUUUGUGAUAAGGUGGCCGAUCAGGCCAUGGUGCACAUCUCGCAAGGUCUAUUCCAGCUGCGCUCUCUAAGCCUUAGUGCGUGUCAGAUCACGGACGAGGGUCUUUCUCGCAUUGCCAAAUCGCUGCACGAUUUAGAAACACUAAAUAUUGGUCAGUGCAGUCGUAUCACCGAUCGCGGGUUAGAAAUCGUUGCUGCAGAACUGAUAAAUUUACGUGCCAUCGAUCUUUACGGAUGCACGCGGCUUACGCCGAAUGCGUUGCAAAAGAUCAACCAAUUGCCGCGACUGUCGAAGGUUAAUCUUGGUCUUUGGCAUGUACGGUGAUGCGUUUUAGGACAUUGAAGGUUUUUUUAGCAGAGAGAUUUAAGGAUGGAUAAAAGAAAUAAAACAAAUGGCCAUCAUUCUUUUUUGCGAAAAAAAUAUAUCCGUUGGGCAGCAAAAAUAUGUUUUGCAUGAAAUUGGAAAAUAAACUUUAAGUAGUGUUAUAAUAAUCAAUUAAAAUAUGUUUAGGUUUUCUAUCGUUUUCCAUUUUGAGUGUAUGUUUUGUUUUAUGUGAAACAAUGUUAUUUUGUUGGCUUAUGUUCAAUGAACCAGAAAACUACAAAGAUUUAGCUGAUAAACGAUCGUCCCCAAAAUAUAUGUGCCAGGUACAAGAGUAAGCAGGAAAGGUGAUCACGAAAUCGGUGAUAAAAUUCAAUGUGACUGAAUUGUUUCCUGUCCCCAAAAAUACAUUGUAUCAAUUUUACUUCAAUCAAAGAAGUGUAAUAUUGUAGGAUGUGUAUCGUUGAAGGCUUUAAUUGUACAAUAUAAUAAAAAAAUCAACUCCUAUAUUUCUCUCUCUCUCACUCUCACUUGCUUCCUUUUUAUCUCUUCUUUUUUCUUUUAUAUCUCUAUCUCUAUCACACUUCUCUUUCUUUUUAUCUACCCCCCCCCCUCAACCCCCCGUCUCUCUCUCUCUCUCUCUCUCUCUCUCACACACACACACACACACACACCACAUAUACACCCCAGACUUAAUAAACAAACACAAAGAAUAUCUUAUGCAUUACACCAAAUAGGAACUACAUUGGCUGAUAUGUAUCAUUAAAUCCGCCCGUAGUGGGAGCGUACAGCGCUAACUCAGAUUCCUAGGUAUGGCAACACAUUUCUUGUGCCCGGUCCUACAAUGCCGCUGAAAAUAACUAUAAAAAUAGCAACCAUCUAGUACGUUAGUCAAACGAGUGAUAAUGAGUGUAGGGACGUACGCCGCCGCUACGAACGGAUUCUAUGAUACCGGCUAUAAUUUUUUCUUCCUUUUCUGAAAAGUGUGUGUGUGUCGAUGUCAGCAGAGUACCGAUAGUCAUACUUUUGUGUGCAUUGAAUGUCGGAUGAUUAGAAAAAGAAGCGAAAAAGAAACGAACACGCAUUGAUGAAAAAUAACUUUCAUUGCACUAUUGCAUAGAAUUAGGUAGUUCCAUCACACACGGAGGUAAGAAAGGAGAUGUAUGGACAUGAACCUAUGUAUAGUUACACACACUUACAUACUGUUAGCCAGUUCGUCCUAAGACCCCACAACUGAAAGGGUGGGAUAGGUGACAAAAUGUGUAAUAGGGUUGUAUUCGCAUCAUGAGCAGGUUCUGCCCGGAUUGUUUUGAAUUUGUUCCGUAUCACAGGAAAAUAGUAAUGAGGAAAUUAAAACCAAAUAUUGAAAUCAA